AUGAGGAAGAAAGAGCAGAACAAGUUAAAUGUUCAUCAUCACAAUCGUAUUCGAAAUCUGAAGGGAGAUACAGCGGAAGAUGGACAGUCUCUUGUUUUUCGCACUUAUAUAUUUUCGUUGGCAGUGAAUGUACCUAAAAGCGGAUAUAUCCUCCACCUUCGUCUUUCGUUUUCAGGGCUACUGUUGGUUUUGGGGGGUAGGUUAUCAGGAGUGGUCAUUACCGAGAUUGCAAUAUCUGAUUGCAGUAGCGAAGCGUUUAUACCUCUCAUUGUCACUUUUAUUAUUGAUAUGAUGCGAAAAUCGAUGUUGUUGUGUAAGGUAGCAUUAGAGGAUGCUGUUAUUUGCGUGUUUGGGCAGUGGUUAACAGAUGGUACGAGGGGGCCAUCGCUUGAUCUGGUCAUAGUGAGUUUUAGUUUGUCGGUUACUUGGUCUUUCUGUUUGCAAUACUUGUUAAGAAGGGAGUUAUUUGGGUCUGUAAGUGGCCGGAGGAAAGGGGACAAGGGGACAGUCAACGGUGAGGAGGGGGUAACUGCUACUACUAACAAUGGGCUUUCGAGGGAGGAGAACACUACCAAUGGAACCUCCAUUGUCGAGACAUCCAUAGAAGAGAUGAGACAGGGCGAGAGAGGACGUAGCUGUAAGCGAAGGCGAGAACGGGACAGAGGUGUUGUAGAGAGUGAUUGA